UCGUCCUCCUCGGGGCGGGCAGGGCUGCAGCAGUUUCAUGAACGGCGCGGCCGCACCAUGGUCCCUUUCCCCCCGAACCAGCUCCUCCGAUCUGUUUCAUUGACAAACAUCCCGGUUGCUGCAUUUGUGCCACGGGCCGCGUCGCGUCGCCGCGGGAGCGUCGCAGCGCCGCAGCCGCAGCCGCAGUGAUCUUCACCAACAACCACCGGCGGUGUGGUUCGCACCAGCUCGUCAGCUGUUGAAUCGCCACUUGGACUCGGACUGGAUCCCCACUCGCCCUCCUCCUCCUCCUCCUCCUCCUCCUGUUCCGCACUCUCCCGGGGACAGACGGCCCCCAGCAGCACCUGAGACCCUACGUCCUCCGCCACUCGGACCCCUCGGGGGCCCCUGCGGUGGCGUCGCCAGCGCGCACUCGGUGGCACAUUGACUGGAUUUGUCGGCGCGACCUCCGCGGGGCGCCCGGACGCACCGAUGGAGGAUUGUGGAUGCUUUUCGAAACCAUGGAUAUCUGCGAUGACUGCAGCGGCCGGUGUGUGAUGCGAACUGAGCCGUGGGUGGCGUAGACCCCCCCGCCCCCCCCCCCCAACACCGCCCUCUCAGAGAACUGUCCCUGCGUCCCGGACGCGCAGCCUGGUCUCACUCCGCCCGGGGAACAUGUCCCGGGCAGCGGCCAUCGCCAGCUCCCUGAUCCGCCAGAAGCGGCAGGCGAGGGAGCGCGAGAAGGCGAACGCGUGCCGCGGCGGCGGCGGCGGCGGCGGCGGCAGCCCGAGCAACAGCAAAGGCGCCAACGAGAAGCCGAGCAAGCUCAAUGUGUUCUCGCGUGUCAAACUGUUCGGAUCGAGGAAGAAACGGAAGAGGAGGCGACCACCAGAGCCCCAGUUAAAGGGCAUUGUGACCAGGCUUUCCAAUCGCCAGGGCUUCCAGCUGCAGAUGCAGCCUGAUGGCACCAUCGAUGGAACCAAGGACGAGGACAGCACUUAUGCUGUGUUCAACCUGAUUCCUGUUGGGCUUCGUGUGGUGGCCAUCCAGGGCGUCCAGACCAAACUCUACUUGGCAAUGAACAACGAAGGCUUUCUCUACACCUCCGAACAUUUUACCCCGGAGUGUAAGUUCAAGGAGUCUGUGUUUGAGAACUACUACGUCACGUACUCCUCCAUGUUGUACCGGCAGCAGGCCUCCGGCCGGGCCUGGUACCUGGGACUCAACAAGGAGGGCGGAAUCAUGAAGGGGAACCACGUGAAGAAGAACAAGGCCGCCGCACACUUCAUACCCAAACCGCUCAAAGUGGCCAUGUACAGGGAGCCCUCCCUCCAUGACCUGACGGAACUGUCACGGUCCGGCAGCGGCACGCCGACCAAGAGUCGCAGCGCUUCGGCCCUACUUAACGGCGGAAGGAAGACACCCAGCAACAAUGACUUAUCCUAGCCCCCCCACCCCCUCACACACACACACAUACACACACAAAUACACAAACACACACACAUACACACACAAAUACACAAAUACACACUCAAGCGCAUGCACACACACACACACACACACACACACACACACACACACACACACACACACACACACACACACACACACACACACACACACACACACAGAUCUCAGGCCGUCAUGCCCACACAUCAGGCUGGUGAGGGUUUGGUGACAGAGGAGAUGGAGGAGGACAGGAACGUGUUCUUCCACUUCACGGAGCACCACUGUGACUGACUGUGAUGUAAAUAAAUCAAGGACAAUCAAUCCGUCUGACUCUGCUGCUCUGGUCUGCAGUCGGACGGGACCUGUGGAUCUCUCCCCUCAGCUACUCUUCCUGCUGUAUCAUACCCAGACAGAACAAGGGAGGGAGGGAAGGAAAGGAGGGAUGGAGAGAGUCAGUCAGUCACACAGUCCUAUAAACAGACUGUUACUGAGAACCAAAGAGUAUUAGUAAAGUAUUAACCAAGUUAUUGCAAUGAAAAGGCAGGGGGCAAGAAAAGUUAGAGCGCAACAAAAGGAGGGAGGAAAGUCUUUAUCUACUCUACCGUACGCUAUGUUUACACAGAGUUCAUGGGGUUAAGUCAUAUUUUUAAAAAUGACGAACGUAUUCCUCGUACACUCAUGAGGACUGAUUAUUUGUUUGCAUGCAGGUGCGCCUGUGUGUGUGUGUCUGAGUGUGUGUGUGUGUGUGUGUGUGUGUGUGUGUGUGUGGGGUCAGGGUUAGUGUGCUCUCAUGCUCUGCGCUUGCAGUAGGUGUGUGUGUGGGUGUGUGUGUGUCGGGGGGUGGGGGUGGGGGGGAGGGGGUUGGGAUUUUACCUUUUUAAGAUCUGUUGUAUAUCAGACAAACCUCCUGAGGGCUUUAGCAGGUUAAAAUAUAAGGUUUACUGUAUAUGCUUCCAUGCUUACUUCUUACAAGCAAUGCUGUCGUUUAUCUCUUCCGUUCGCUCGGUCGUCGUCCCUUGCUGUUUGUUUGUUUGUUUGUUUGUUUGUUGCAUGGAAGCUUGUGGACCUCUGCUCAGUAGCAGCAUGCCGAGGGUCCGUUUUUUUUUCCUGGUCUUGUGUGUUCCUGACCAAGAGCGAACACUAGUGAGGCCAAUAGUGUCAUACCACAACACUAGUGAACCAACGUGAAGGUGUUAGAACGCUACUGGACCAAUAGGAUUGCACCAGAAGACGAGUGGACCAACGGUGUUGGGCCAGAACUUAUUGGAGAACCAAUAGGAGCACAGAUUAAUUAACAUAAUAUUUUGGUUCCUGCUGUGGACAAACUAGAAAUGCACUAAAUAAACUAUUUCUAAAGAAGUGAA